CUCAGUGAGAGCUCACUGAUUUUCUUCAUGAUGACUAUCAUCUCUCUGCUCCUGCUGGCCUCUCUGCUGCCACACCUGACCUUCACUGCUCAUGUGGAUGUGGGUAUAGUGAACGGCCGGAAGGCAAAACCCCACUCCAGACCAUACAUGGUUUCUAUUCAGGUGAACAACUAUCAUGUCUGUGGUGGAUUCCUCAUCUCUGAUGAGUUUGUCUUGACUGCUGCACACUGCAGAAAAACAAAUGAGAUACUGACAGCUGUGGUUGGGGCACAUAACCUAAAAAAUGUGAACGAGGGGUCUGUCCACAUUGGAGUGAAGUCCUACCACAAGCAUCCAGACUAUUGCUGUGAUACAUACCGGAAUGACAUUAUGCUUUUGAGGCUAGAGAAAAAAGUCGAACAAAACAAGAAUGUCAAGAUAAUUUCCAUACCAACACAAGAGGAAGACAUCAAAGCUGAUUCUGCCUGCAGUGUCGCUGGCUGGGGAAGCCUGCAGACUAAUGGCUCAGCGAGUGAUCGUCUAAUGGAGACGAAGGUGUUUAUAAUGGAUAACACAGAAUGUAAAAUAAGAUGGGGAGAGAUCUACAAGGUUCCAAAGAUGAUGUGUACAUAUGGCAUUGGUGGAUUCUGUACCGGGGAUUCUGGGGGUCCUUUGGUUUGUGGAGACACUGCAGUUGGUGUCGUAUCAUUUUCUCUCUUGUAUCGCUGCAAUUCGCCUAUGUAUCCUAAUGUGUAUACUAAGAUUUCACCUUAUCUGGAGUGGAUCCACAAAAUAAUAAAAAAUGUUAAGUGAAUUCAUGAAUUUAUUUCAAUAAAAGUAUCAC